UGGAGGGUGUCGCCCCGGGCCUGGCAGCCAAGUCCUCCAGGCACGCCCGCACCCCGUUCUCUUUUCCAGUUUGGACCCUGUCACAAGAACGAAUUCUAGAUUCUCUUGCCAAACUCCACAAAGAUUAUUAUAACCUGUGUAUGGAGAAACACCAGAAAGUUAACAGUUUUGUAUUACAAAUCCUCCAAGAAGUGGAUGAAGAAAUUAAAAAGGGAUUGGAAAAAGGAAUCACAGUAAACUUUGCUGGCAACAAUCGUUUAAUACCAGUAGAAAGAGUAACAGGUGAAGAUUUUUGGAUUCUUUCCAAAAUUUUAAGAAAUCAUCCAUACGUUUCAGGUUUGGAUGUUAGAUAUAAUUUCCUAAGUGAUGUUGGUGCAUACUACGCUGCAAAGCUGAUUCAGAAACAGUUGUAUCUUGUUUACUUAAACCUUAUGUUUAAUGAUAUUGGGCCUGAUGGUGCAGAAGUGAUUGCUAAUGUACUGCGUAGAAAUACAACUCUAAAAUACCUACGCAUGACUGGAAACAAGAUUGAAAAUAAAGGUGGAAUGUUUUUUGCCACCAUGUUGCAAAUGAAUUCUUCUUUAGAGAAAUUAGAUCUGGGUGACUGUGAUCUGGGUAUGGAAAGUGUGAUAGCAUUUGCUACCGUAUUAGCUCAAAACGAGGCAAUCAAGGGAAUGAACCUGAACCGACCCAUACUGUAUGGUGAACAGGAAGAGUCCACCAUUCAUCUAGGCCACAUGCUGAAAGAAAACCACUUUAUUGUUGAGCUACAUUUGUGUAAGCAUGAUAUGAAAAAUACUGGUUUACAGCAGUUAUGUGAUGCACUGUAUCUUAACAGUAGUCUACGGUACCUUGAUGUCAGCUGCAAUAAAAUAACUCAUGAUGGAAUGGUGUAUUUGGCUGAUGUACUGAAACAUAAUUCUACUCUGGAAGUUAUAGAUCUUUCUUUCAACAGAAUUGAAAACGCAGGAGCAAAGUAUCUCAGUGAAACUCUAACUUCACAUAACCGAAGUCUUAAAGCGUUGUCAGUAGUCAGCAACAAUAUAGAGGGAGAAGGCCUUGUUGCACUUUCACAGUCAUUGAAAGCAAAUUGUACAUUUUCUAAUAUUUACAUUUGGGGAAACAAAUUUGAUGAGGCUACGUGUGUGGCAUAUUCAGAUUUAAUUGAAAUGAGUUAUCUAAAACCAGACAAUACAGAUGUGGAGCCAUUUGUGGUCGAUGGACGUGUGUAUCUUGCAGAAGUCUCCAAUGGUCUUAAAAAGCACUAUUAUUGGACACCAACUUAUGGAGAAGCCUACAGCCCAGCAUCUAAUUCAGGUUUUGCACUUGUUCCAGUAGGUCUUCACUUAUAAAAAAAAGAGCUCUGAAGUAACCUCAUCAUUUGCCUAAUUAUUGCUAAAAGUGUUUUAUGCUCUAUGAAAUAUGUUUCCUUUCAUAAAUUAGAACUAACUGCUUUGUCAAAUGUUUGCAGGAUAUGACUUCAUUAAGAUCUGUUAACUGCAUUGUGAAAAACUCUGUAAUUUUGUAUAAUAAAUUUGCUAAUACAGACUGAAAUCUUUAACUUUGGAGAAAGAAACCCAGGAACUAGAUUAACUCCCUUUACAAUGAAAAUAUAACCAAAUAAUAAAACAGCAUUUAGGUAA